AGGGGUGAGUCAUGAGCGAGAGGAGGAAGCGGGCAUCAUUUGAGAAUGGAAUAGGGGACAAGUUAGAGAGGGAGGGGAGGAAGGGAGGAGAGGAAGGGAGGGGAGGAAGGGAGGAGAGGAAGGGAGGAGAGGAAGGGAGGAGAGGAAGGGAGGAGAGGAAGGGAGGGGAGGAAGGGAGGGAGAGGAAGGGAGGAGAGGAAGGGAGGAGAGGAAGGGAGGAGAGGAAGGGAGGAGAGGAAGGGAGGAGAGGAAGGGAGGAGAGGAAGGGAGGAGAGGAAGGGAGGAGAGGAAGGGAGGAGAGGAAGGGAGGAGAGGAAGGGAGGAGAGGAAGGGGGAGGGGAGGAGGGAGGGAGGGAGAAGGGAGGAGAGGAAGGGAGGAGAGGAAGGGAGGAGAGGAAGGGAGGAGAGGAAGGGAGGAGAGGAAGGGAGGAGAGGAAGGGAGGGAGGAAGGGAGGAGAGGAAGGGAGGAGAGGAAGGGAGGAGAGGAAGGGAGGAGAGGAAGGGAGGGAGGAAGGGAGGAGAGGAAGGGGGAGAGGAAGGGAGGAGAGGAAGGGAGGAGAGGAAGGAGGAGGAGGGAGGAGAGGAAGGGAGGAGAGGAAGGGAGGAGAGGAAGGGAGGAGAGGAAGGGAGGAGAGGAAGGGAGGAGAGGAAGGGAGGGAGGAGGAGAAGGAAGGGAGGAGAGGAAGGGAGGAGAGGAAGGGAGGAGAGGAAGGGAGGAGAGGAAGGGAGGAGAGGAAGGGAGGAGAGGAAGGGAGGAGAGGAAGGGAGGAGAGGAAGGGAGGAGAGGAAGGGAGGAGAGGAAGGGAGGAGAGGAAGGGAGGAGAGGAAGGGAGGAGAGGAAGGGAGGAGAGGAAGGAGGAGAGGAAGGGAGGAGAGGAAGGAGGAGAGGAAGGGAGAGAGGAAGGGAGGAGAGGAAGGGAGGAGAGGAGGAGGAGAGGAAGGGAGGAGAGGAAGGGAGGAGAGGAAGGAGGAAGGAGGGAGGAGAGGAAGGAGGAGAGGAAGGGAGGAGAGGAGGGGAGAGGAAGGGAGGAGAGGAGGGAGGAGAGGAGGAGAAGGGGAGGAGGGGAGAGGAAGGGAGGAGAGGAAGGGAGGAGAGGAAGGGAGGAGAGGAAGGGAGGAGAGGAAGGGAAGGGAGGAGAGGAAGGAGAGAGAAGGAGGAGAGGAAGGGGGAGGAGAGGAAGGAGGAGAGAAAGGGAGGAGGGGAA